UUUUUAUCGAUAAAUGAAUGUUUAGUCAUCUUCAAAACUGCGUAUUUUUUAGCUCAGCCAAUUGUAAUACAAUUAACCAUUUUAGUUCAACGUUAGCGCGUAAAUACAACGACAGUUCAUUGAUACGGGAAAGUUAUUUUUGCAACCACAUCUUUGAGAUUAAAGCCUGAACUAUGUACAUACACCCAAAAUAUAUGACCGUUUUGCUUACAUGCAUUUUUCCAAAACUGGUGAUCACUGCAUAUAACUACUAUUGUCAGGCACACCUUUGCAGGCCUAAUUCUAAACACAUUGGAUGCGGAAACACUGGUGAGUUUGGCCCAAAUUGUCCGUCUGAACGAAAAUUAGUACCUAUGACAGUCGGCUUGAAAGCUUACUUGCUUGAAAAGCAUAAUCGAGCACGAUGUGACAUUGCAAAUGGAAAAAUUAGAGGAUAUAAGUCAGCGAAUGGAAUGCCUGAAAUGGGCUGGGAUGAUGAGCUGGCUAAAUUAGCAGAAUAUAACGCCAAGACUUGUAUUUAUGGCCAUGACGAAUGCGUCAGCACAGCGACCCACAGAUAUGCUGGGCAGAAUAUCGCAAUCGUUAUGUCGACAUUAAAUUACUUCGAAAGUAAAAGAGCCAUUGAUUUAUUGUUUAAAGCUUGGUUCGACGAAUAUAGAGACUGUGACAUGACGUACAUAGACAAAUACAGACGUAGUGACACCGGUAAAAAGAUCGGGCAUUUUACACAAAUCGUGAGAGCUGGUGCUAGUAGAAUGGGAUGUGCCUUGACAAGCUUUGCAAAUUCGCGCAAAAAUGUCUAUAUCGUGUGUAACUAUUCAUUAGCGAACAUCUUAGGAAGAAAAGCUUAUACAACUGGAAUGCCAUGCUCCGCCUGCAAUGAAGGAUGUAGCCUAACAUAUCCAGGACUCUGCAAUACCACAGAAGUCAUUCCAUUAUGAUAAUUACAUCUUAAUUAAACUACUUAUAGUUGAAGGCUUAUUAAAAUUAAUAAAA